AUGGUGUUCAAAAAUCAACACGCGCACACCAAAAAGGCUAUAGCUGGAGCUGGUGGUGCCCUUGGUGGGCGUCCUGUUGCAGACUUUGGAUUAAACAAAUUGAUUGAUGUUGGAAGUUCAUCACUUCCCACUGCUAAUUUGAAGGGCAUAUUUGGUUACAUGCCACCAGAAUAUGCAUAUGGCAAUGUUUCUCCCAAAAUAGAUGUCUAUGCUUUUGGAGUUGUUCUUUAUGAACUAAUUUCUGCUAAAGAAGCAUUGAUCAGAGGUGGUGUAAUUGGUGCAGAAUUAAAGGGUCUUGUAUCUUUGUUUGAUGAAGUAUUUGAUCAGCAAGAUCCCACAGAAGGUCUUAAAAAACUGGUGGAUCCUAGGCUUGGAGAUAACUACCCAAUUGAUUCAGUUUGCAAGAUGGCACAACUUGCUAGAGCAUGCACAGAAAGUGAUCCACAACAACGUCCAAAUAUGAUUUCUGUUGUGGUUACCCUCACAGCACUUACUUCAACUACUGAGGAUUGGGAUAUUGCUUCCAUCAUUGAAAAUCCAAAUCAUGCUAAUCUAAUGUCUGGGAAAUAG